AUGGAAACUCUUGUACGAAAUGCAGAAAAUAGCCCGUCAUUAUUAUCGACAUGUUUUUCAAGUUCAGCAUUUACGAAAACCUUUCAAGAAAUGGCUAAAUAUUAUUUUGAUCAAGGCGGAAAAUUGUUUCGGCCAACCAUUUGUUUGUUGAUGGCUAGAGCAUGCAAUCAAUUUGAGCCUAAAUCAAUGCUAGUAGAUUCAGGUCGUGAGACGGUGACAAGAAAUCAGUACAAAAUAGCAGUAAUAUCAGAAAUGAUACAUACUGCAUCACUGGUUCAUGAUGACGUCAUCGAUAAGGCUGAUAUAAGACGUGGAAGUCGAACUGUAAAUGCGCUCUGGGGCAACAAAAUGGCUGUACUUGUGGGAGACUUUAUUCUGGCUCGUGCAACACAAGUAUUAUGUAGCAUCGGAAGGCCGUCCGUCAUUUCGGUCAUGGCAACUAUCAUCGAAGAUUUAGUGAAAGGAGAGUUCAUGCAAAUGAAUGAUGGGGCAGAUUUAAAUGCUUCGCAAAGAUUUAACAAAUAUAUGGCUAAAACAUACUCAAAAACAGCGUCUCUUUUCGCAAAUAGCUGCAAAUCAGCUGCAAUGCUUUCAGAUGUGUCGGAGGCAGAUGAACUUUCCGCAUAUGAAUAUGGAAAAUCUUUAGGCAUCGCUUUUCAAAUGAUCGAUGACUUGUUGGAUUAUGUUUCGACAUCAUCCGUUACGGGAAAACCAACUGCAAAUGACCUCAAGUUAGGAUUUGCAACGGCUCCCGUUCUCUUUGCUGCUGAAGAAUAUCCCGAACUAAAUAAGCUAAUAAAACGAAGUUUUUCUAAAGAAGGUGAUGUAGAAUUAGCUUGGGAAAUUGUUGGUAACAGUGCUGGUCUGGAAAAAACACGAAUUGCAGCUCGGGAACAUGCUGAACACGCCGUCAAAAUGGUUCGCAAUUUCCCCAACGGUGAUGGAGUGCGUGAUCAUUUAAUACAAAUAGCUUUAGCACAAACCGAAAGAAAUAGGUAA